CUCAUUCAUAGUCUAAUGUAAUCAAUACAUCCUUGCGCAAAUUUAUGAUGUUCUCUCUAAGUUCUUACUCGGUGAGCGAGGGGCUUCGCCUAAAAACUCGCCCCCCGAGCUGCCAUCCAGGCAGGCCAGGUCGCACAAAUUCUCUCCGCUCAACAAUUCUUGGCCCGUUAAGAAGAUCACAUGAAAAAUCACACGUUUUCUUUGUCACUUGACCUAAUUGAAGGCCUCUAUCUUCUGGAACUCGUACGAUAUUUUGCCCCCGUUUUCGGUGAGAACUUCACCCUUAUGAUGCAAUGGAUUCGGGAAGAUGAAUGUCAACACAAAAGGAGGUGAGGUUCUCAAACGGUGCCUCUCAUACGAGAGGCGAAGGUUGUUGCUUCAACAUCGUCAAUUCCAAGAUGUCUUCAUCUUCAAAGACUCUCAGAACACCCUUUACGACCCCGGAAGCCUCACCACCACUUCCACAAGUAAAGCCUAGACAAAAACAUGUACCAUGUAUCCUCGAAGGCAUUUCCGCAGUCGGCCAAAGAACAGAUCCCCGAAGACCUACCGGAGGGAAAUCUGUGACUGUCUUCGGCAUCGAUCUCUCAGAGUACCUACUAGCUACAAGCAACGACCCGCCGCUAAAGAGAUUCCUGAAGGAGGAGAAUAGACUCGGAGAAAUGUCUUCUUCCCCUUGGGUAGCCAGGAAGAAUAAGUUAUGACGGAUACAAGGAUCAAUGAUGAGGAGGUGACAAGUAGGCUUGGAUGGAUUGUUCAAAUUACGAACCUUGGAGGGCAAGUUUUUGCGGCUUUGUACUCAGUCGCGGGGGAGUCUUUAUCUCUCGACGAGUAGUAUAUGUAAUUACCCACCAGUAAUGGGAUUGGUCAAUGAUAAAUGACUCAACUGCAAUGACCUGCCUAGUAUAGGUAUCUAAAUUGAGACAAUAUGAGCGGAG